AUGUUAAGAUUAAGUUUAAACUUGUUUAGAAGAAGUGGAUUUCGUUACUCCAAGCCCUGCAUGCUCUUUUCUCAAGAUAAGGAACCUCCUAAAGGUAUUUUUACUAUUUUGGACACGUAGGCUUCCAAAAAUUUCAAAGAAAAUCGAGAAUCCAACAAGAACAAUCCAUUUAACCAGAUGAGGAGAAGAAGGCUUCGGAGAAACCCAAUCAGGAGGAAGCAGAAAAGAUCAUCAAGGAGGAGUAAUAACAAGAUGAUGAAACUCCUAAAGGUACUUUUAUGAGCAUAAAUUGUGAUAGUGGAGAAGCCAUAGAAAAAGAAGUACCAAUUUACUUACGAUCCCAAAUCCUUCAAAUUAUAGGAGGAGGAGUAGAAGACAGAGAAGUUGAAACAAGAUUAAUAGGAGAAGUAGGAGAAAUAGGAGGAGAAGCAAGAAAAAUAGGAAAAUUAAGAAGAAGAAGAAUAAUCACAAUAGUAGCAACAAAAGUAAGAGAAGAAAAAACCAUUGCUUCCAGAAAUUGAUCUUAGCAAAGUUCAAGAAUACUUAAAGAAUCCGAAGAAUCGCAAUUAUAUUUACAUGUUUUUGGGUGUAAGUGGUUUGGCAGCACUUUACACUUAUUUGAAUAUGGAAGAAGAAAUCACCUAUACUGAGUUUCUUAAGAAUUACUUAGAAACCAACCAAGUAAGUGCAAUCAAAGUGUAUAAUAAUGAUAAUAGCAAAGUUAAUUAAGCUUCAAUCAUUACAACUAGAGGAGAAUCAAAAAAGUUAAUUCUAGGAAAUGUGGAUCAUUUCUUGGAAAAUCUAGAACGAUAUUAAACUGAAAAGGGAGUUUACCCUGAAUAAUUUAUUCCAGUCUCAUUUGAGAUCUAAAUAGACAAAGCAAAGAUGGUUGAUAGAGCAUUGAAUUUGUUGUAUUAUGGAGUUUCAGCUGUGCUCAUCUUUUAUAUCUUUAAAUCACUCAAAGGUACUAUGGGAAAUAUGGGAAAAGGAGGUGGAAGUGGUGGAAAUGAUGUAUUUGGUUUUGGUAAAUCAAAUGUAAAAUAAUUUGGAUUUGAAUAAAAUGUAAAAGUCAAAUUUAAUGAUGUGGCCGGAUUAGAUGAAGCUAAAUUAGAAAUCAAGGAAUUUGUAGACUUCCUCAAAAAGCCAAGAAAAUAUAAAGAAAUGGGAGCUAAAUUACCAAGAGGAGCUUUAUUGGCAGGACCUCCAGGAACGGGUAAAACUAUGGUAGCAAAGGCUUGUGCAGGUGAAGCUGGCGUUCCAUUCUUUUUUGUGAGUGGAUCAGAUUUCGUAGAGAUGUUUGUAGGAGUUGGUGCCAGCAGAGUCAGAGAUCUAUUCAAAUAAGCAAAAGCAAAGUCUCCUAGCAUUAUUUUUAUAGAUGAAAUCGAUGCAGUUGGUAGAAAGAGAGAUGCUAAAAUUGGUGGUAAUGAUGAAAGAGAUAAUACAUUGAAUUAGUUAUUAGUUGAAAUGGACGGAUUUGGAACUGAUACUAAUGUAAUUGUUUUGGCAGCAACCAACAGAAAAGAAUUACUGGAUCCAGCACUCACAAGACCUGGUAGAUUCGAUAGAUCUAUUGAUAUCACAUUGCCAGAUAUUGAAGGUAGAAAAUAAAUCUUCAUGGUCCACUUGGCUCCAAUUAAGUUGGAUCCCUCUAAGACUAUGGAAGAAUAUGCAAGAAGAUUGGCCACUCUGACUCCAGGAUUCAGUGGAGCUGAAAUUGCCAAUCUUUGUAAUGAAGCAGCUAUAAUGGCAGCUAGAGCAAACAAGACUUAUGUUGACGCUCAUGAUUUUGAGAUGGCAUCAGAAAGAGUCAUGGCUGGUUUAGAGAAGAAAAGAAUCAUAAGUGAAGAAGAAAGAAAGACAGUUGCAUUUCAUGAAUCAGGGCAUGCUGUUGCCAGUUGGUUCUUAAAGGGAGGACAUCCUCUUCUUAAAUUAACUAUCAUUCCUAGAAGCAAGGGUUCGUUAGGAUAUGCUUAAUAUUUACCCAAUGAAUCCAGUCUAGAGACCAAGUAAGAAUUGUUGGACAGAAUUUGCUGUAUAUUGGGAGGGAGAGUGGCUGAAGAGAUUUUCUUUGGGUAAGUCACUACUGGAGCCUAUGAUGAUUUAAAGAAGGCUUAUGAUGUUGCUCACAGUAUAGUUACUAAGUUCGGUAUGAAUGAGAACAUUGGGUAUGUUGGAUUUCAGGAGGGAGAGUUCUAGAAACCUUACAGUGAUAGCACUAAUAAGUAGAUUGACGAUGAAAUUAGGAAACUUAUUGAGGAGCAGACUUAAAGAACUAGGUUAUUGAUCACUGAGAAAAAGGAAUUUGUUAAUAAGUAUCUUGUUUGAUUAGCUUUUUAGAUUGGCUUCUACUUUGUUAGAAAAGGAGACUCUCGACUUACAAAAAAUAAUUGAAGUUUUGGGAGAACGACCAUUUCCACCGAAAUCGAAUUACAAGGCGUAUUUAGAAAUCAAAAAGGAAGAUUAGCAAACAGCCUCUGCAUGAAUUAUAUAUAUUUAUGUAUUUUUUAAUAGAAUUGAUCGGAUUCU